AUGUUCCUGGUCAAUGGCGCCCGCUACACGGCGUUAGACGUCGUCCUCGACCAGACACCCCCCGGGCAUCGCGUUAACGCCGAUACCAUACUCCACCUCGGGCCUCCGGCCGGGAUCGUGCUGGCGUCCGAGACGACGAGAGACUGCGACUUCGUCAGCAUGCCAGCCGGCACCGUCCUCCUGGCGCCCGUCAGCAUCAAAAUCGACUGCUAA